ACUUGGAUUUGGCUCCUUCAUUUCCAACAUGGAAGACACUUACAUCGAUACCCUGGACCCUGAAAAGCUGUUACAAUGCCCCUAUGAUAAAAACCACCAGAUCAGGGCCUGCAGGUUUCCUUAUCAUCUUAUCAAGUGCAGAAAGAAUCAUCCUGACGUCGCAGACAAACUGGCUACUUGUCCCUUCAAUGCUCGCCAUCAGGUUCCUCGGGCUGAAAUCAGUCAUCAUAUCUCAAGCUGUGAUGACAAAAGCUGUAUUGAGCAGGAUGUAGUCAGCCAAACCAGGAACCUCGGACAAGAGACUCUGACUGAGAGCACAUGGCAGUGCCCUCCUUGCGAUGAAGACUGGGAUAAAGAUUUGUGGGAACAGACCAGCACCCCAUUUGUCUGGGGCGCAGCCACCUACUGUGGCAACAACAGCCCCGCAAGCAACAUAGUUAUGGAACAUAAGAGUAACCUGGCUUCAGGCAUGCGUGUUCCCAAGUCUCUGCCAUAUGUUCUGCCAUGGAAAAACAAUGGAAAUGCACAGUAACUGAGUAUCUAUCUCAAAUGCCAGACCCUAGAAGACUCUUUGCUUCUUCCUGCUACAGUGGGUUCUUCAUUUUUUUCUCCUAAUCUAAUUAGAGAAAGAUAAAUUGUCUGUGACUUUCAAACUGAUAAGUACCUUUCUUUUCCUCCCUCCUUUGAGUCCUUACUCAUUUGAUGCAAGAAAGAACCCUCAUGCUCAGAACUGUUUCAAAUAAACCAUCAUUGUAAAUAGCUUGAUAGUUUGGUUAAGUACCUGCAGCCCCAAGAUCAGAACUCAUAUCUCAUUCUACAUUAAUGAAACAAAAUCAUUUAAAGUUAUCUUAAAGGAGCCAGCUAAAGCAGGCAAGAAAUUUGGGUUGGAAAAAGUAACUGUGUAUAUAUUUGUGUUCUCUGACACACAUGAACCAAAUUCCUUUUAACAUUUAUAGGAAUGGACCUUUUCUGAUUAGUGCAUUUGUUUAUUGAGUCGUUGAUGUUGAUAGCAUUUAUAUAUAGAAAUAUACCCUAUUCUUGUUUAGAAUCUUUAGGACAUCUUGUUCCCUGAAUAUUUGUAACCUAGGGUAGGUUUCUUUUAUUUCUUUUCUCUUUCCCACAUUCCAGCUAGAAAUUGUACUAGCUGUCAAACCAGAUGUGGAUUGUGUAGGAGUGAAGAUUGGAAUGGAGAGGAGGAACCAGUGUACAUGUGGAGAAGAGAUAGGCUUUUCAACUGUGUGUGAAAUUUGAUUAAGCUUCAAAGCUGAAAUGUGUGAAGGCCCUGCUGACUACCCUGGGACGUGUGUAUAAUAGGUUAGAUUUCUGAACUCAAGGCUCUGCCUAUCCUAGCAUCUUGUUGACCCUCACAAGGAGACUUUAUAAUCUCCGAGACCAGUUUUUUGUUUGGUUGGUUUUUUUCAGGUUUGGUGUGGUUUGGUUUUAAAACCAUUUGGCAUGGGAGGGGAUUUGGGAUCUGGUAUAGAUAGGGAGUCAGAUGAAGCAUACUGACCAAUGAUUCCAAAACUGAUGUGUUGAGCAUUGUUUGUAGGGGGAGUGGGCUCUUGUGGAAUGCCUCUUCCACAAGUUUCACACAAAACAGGAUUCUCUCUUUAAUGAAGCAGAGCUAUCUGUUUAUUUAGUUGCAAUCUCUAAAAGCAGAUUCAAGAUAAGCCCUAGUACAAUAGUAUUUCUUCUUCUAGCUGUAUGAAUAAGUGAAUAAGUAGACCAUUUCUUCUGGAGUGGGUGGUAUAAUGUACUGAGGAGGGGAAAAAAACACCCAUUAUUCUCCUAAUUCUGGUUACUUAUGUUUGAGUAUCAGUCAGCAACUCACAUUUCACUUUAUUUAAAAAUAAUUUUAACUAGAAAAUACAAAACCCUUCUGAUUUCAUUUGUUUGGGUAAUGACAACCCAAACUGUCUACACUACUCUUGUAACCCAGAGCUUCCUAGUUUAGGAAAAACAGGGGUAUGAGUCAUAUUGCAAAGAAUUAGCUACUUGAGUACAACUCAACAAAGGAAUUAAAUAGAAAAUAGUUACUUUGUGUUUUUUAAAUAUCUAAAGGGGCAAGAAAGGCUAGCAUAUGUCAUUCAUGAAAAACCUUAUGUUAUUUUAGGAGGACACCUCUUUGCUCACCACUAUGAGAACUUAACCACAGCACAUCUGACCUUUGCCAGUGUGAGUAACACUCACUAUGGGAGAAUGCCUGCCUAUGUUAAUUUUGUUAGCUCACAAAAUAGAUAAGCCAGUUGUUCUUUAGUAAACUUAUGAUUAAAGCAGCCAAUUUGUCUUGUCCAGGAGCUUUCAGAGACUGCUUAGGAUUUUUAUUGGGCCUAGGAUUCACUAGACUGGAUUUAGUUUGCUGAAGGUUUUUGGACAUUCCUAAAAACUAGAACAAAGAAGUGACUGUUUAACUCUUGUCAGAAGUUGGGAGAAGAAGCUUACUUAUUUUUGAGACCUUCUUCUUCCCUUUGGAAUGUGAACAGUGGAAGGUAAACAGUUGAAUAUUCUACCUUAAUUUCAGUUAAGGUCAAGUGUUAUGGUUAAAGGUUAAAUGCAGACAUGUUUCAAAAUUUUGAGCUUAUCUUAGAGAGCCUUUGAAUCCUGCAUAUUGAUCUUAUCCAGGGAUUCCAUACUCUACCCCAAGGAGAGGAUUUGCUUUCUGGAAGAUUACCUUUCUCUGUAGGUAUUCUGGAAGUGCCACUGUGAUUUGCAAAUGUUCUUACCAGGAAUAAACAAAUGUAGGUAAUAAAUGAUACUUAGUUCUCCUGGUAGCUGUACCUGAGCUAAACAAGGAGAGUAUUUGGAUUCAGUUUCAAAUAGUGCACUGCAGUACCCUUUCAUUGUUGAGAGAGAACAGUAGCUGCUUGUGUGAGUCUCUUAAUACCUAUACUGACAUUCUUAGAGUCCUUUAGUUGUACUUUUCACAAUUCAUAUUAAGCUCCAAAGUAGACAGAAACCAAGGAGAUGACAUUAUACUUCUUAUUACCAUUUUUAAAGAGGCAGGUUAGGGCUUCCCUGGUGGCGCAGUGGUUAAGAAUCCACCUGCCAAUGCAGGGGACACGGGUUCGAGCCCUGGUCCGGGAAGAUCCCACAUGCCGCGGAGCAACUAAGCCUGGGCUCCACAACUACUGAGCCAGCGUGCCACAACUACUGAAGCCCGUGUGCCUAGAGCCCAUGCUCCGCAACAAGAGAAGGCACUGCAGUGAGAAGCCCAUGCAGCACAACGUAGAGUAGCAACGAAGACCCAAUGCAGCCAAAAAUAAUAAAUAAAAUAAAUAAAUUUAAAGAGGCAGGUUAUAAAAAUCAAGGUGAUUUGUGUGCUAUAUUUUAAAUGAUUGAAGCAAGACUGGCCUUGGGAAGAAGAUACCUCUAAGAAAAUAUCUGUUUUCUUGUGCCAAUUCAAUGGGUAGAAUAAGGAAAACUACUGAAAUUCCAUGAAAAAAUUACUGUAGUGAAUGCUCAUUCUUUUGACCACUGUUGUCCUGAUACUGUUAAGGUUCAGAACAUACUCACAUCCUACUUUACAGUCAUGGCCUCUUCAAAGGCCACUGAAAACACAUUAACCGGUUACCUCGUACCAACAGUCUCAGCUGACUUUCUAUUCCAGCCAUACUGAAGUCUGAUAAACGCAGACCUGUGUAUGAGCGGGGCAUUUAUUUGCCCUUGACAUAGCAAUUCCAGUGCCUGGUCCAGCUCACUUAACUCCUAUCAACUUGGUAACUGGUGUGACAGAUACAAAAUCUCAGGUUGUUUACAGAUAGGGAGAACAGCAUCCUAGGCCAGACAGUCACCCUAGAGGAAAACCAUAUAUGGUCAGCAGAUUUGCAUUUUUGUUUACCAUAUUUAAAGAUGGUUUUUUAUGAAACUAAAAUAGUGUUAAGCACCUUUGAUGAAAGUUAAAAAGACAAAGUUAGUUGUUUUACUUUAUACUACUUAUAUAUACACAUGUAUAUGGAAGAAAUAA